UCGCUUGUUGAACAUUGCCACUUGGAACAGAUACGAACAGACACGAAACGGACUGUGUCAGGAGAGGUGGUCUUGCAUUAUUAUAAAGAAAUAGAUAUAUUAAUGUAAUAAAAUAUCUCACACAUCAUGGUCCUGAUGUCAUUAUGGUCAUUAAUAUAUCUGGGUUGAAAGAGUGAAAGCCCUGUGAUUUUGGUACAAUGAAUACAAAACUUAAUGAAAACGAGAUAAAGAAAAAAUUCCGUAAUGUGAAUUCCAUCGAGGGAUUCUAUGCCGGAAGUGGAAUUCUUAUUACUGGUGCGACUGGAUUCGUGGGCAAAGGCCUCCUCGAAAAAUUGAUACGCACGUGUUCACGCAUCUCUGCUAUUUUUGUAUUGAUCCGUCCAAAACGUAACCAAAUGAUAGAACAACGAUUUAAGAAGAUAAUAGAUGAUCCGAUUUUCGAUUGUGUCGGAGCACAAAACCCAACAAUUUUCUAUAAAAUUCAUCUCGUGGAGGGCGACGUGACUCUACCAAAUUUAGGUCUUUCGCAAAAAGACAGAGAUAUGUUGAUAGAGAAUGUAAACAUAGUGUUCCACAUUGCGGCAACUAUAAGUUUCCAUCAGCCAUUGAAUACGAUCGUCGAUGCAAAUGUGAAAGGUACCGCUAAUAUUAUCAAACUGUGCAAGGAACUCAAGCAUGUAAUCAGCGUUGUCUAUGUGAGCACUGCCUACAGUAAUCCGAAUCUAUCAGACAUCGAGGAAAAGGUCUACACCACAAACCUAGAUCCCUCUCUCGUGAUAGAUAUAUGCGACCGACAAGACAAAGAAUUGAUUAAUCUGCUCGAAGAAAGAGUUUUAAAAACUUAUCCGAACACAUACACGUUCAGCAAGAAUCUUGCAGAGCAGACAAUAUCCAACAAUAGCAAAGGAUUGACUGUUGCGAUAGUGCGACCAAGUAUAAUUUCUUGCUCGCUAAAAGAACCGUACCCUGGUUGGUUGGUACCUUUUUCUGGACAAGCAGGUAUCUUCGUUACUAUCGGCAAAGGAAUUGCAAAAGUACUAUUGGGUAAGAGAGAUGUAAUAUCAGAUGUAGUACCUAUUGAUUAUGUAGUCGAUGUGAUAAUGUGUGCCGCGUGGCACGUCACGCUACACAUUAAUAAUGAGGUCAAAGUUUACAACUGUACGAGCAACGCACGUUCCAUCAAACUUGGUGAGAUCAUAGAUACGUUCCUGGAAUGUACCAGAGAAAAACCGAUGAACGAUACGUUGUGGUAUCCGAGUUGCACAGUAGUAGCAAACAGAUAUGUUUACAAUGCACUGAAUAUACUUCUAAAUGUUUUACCUGCGUUUGUCAUAGAUAUCUUUUUAAGACUUCAAGGUGGUAAACCAAUGGCAAUGAAUAUGAGCAAAUAUUACAAUAAGUUGGUCAUAGCGACAAGCUACUUCAAUUCGAAUGAAUGGUCCUUCAAAAGAGAUAACACUACCAACAUGAUUAACAAGGUGAAUACAUUGGAAGACCGAAAUAUUGUUAAACUGGAUUUGCAGGAUAUGGAUUGGAAGAAAUAUUUAGCAGAUUACCUGGCGGGACUUAAGAAAUUUACUUUGAAGGAAGACACUCAAUCUAUAAACACAGCGCAGCAACGGUUAUCGAUAUUUUACAGGAUUCGUCAGAUGACUAAAGGAUUCGGUAUAAUCAUUUUAUUUCCGAUAAUGUUGGUAAUAAUACUGCUAUGCACUGACUAUUUCAAUGUUAUGUUUUCCGCUUGAAUCAAAAACAAAGUAUAUCGAACAUUAUGGAAAAGAGCUUUAGAAUAGGAACAUGUCGCUACAUAUAAAGGGUGUCCGGCAGAGUUAUAUAUUAUAUACUAUACAGUAAAUAUAUGAUAUAUUCUUCGAAUAAAAACUGCGGAAAAAUGAAGUUAUUUGCCGAUAUUGUGAAUAACACACAUUACAAAUUGUUAAAAUAUAUUAAAUAUACUAGAUACU